AUGGAACGGUUGGACAUCACGAGGAGGUUCAAGGGACGCUGCAACUACUUCAACGUGUAUCGGUGGUCCGACAAGGCAGCAGCGCUCCGAAUGGUCGGUGCAUGGGGAAGCGAGAUGGGCGUAGGGGUGCAGCUGUGCGGCGCCGUCCGGGCGAAGAUCAAUGGACAUGAUUGGACAGCUGGUCCGCUGCGACUAGUGAUGUCCGGCGAGGGUCUGCUUGAUUCGGCGGCGAAGUACGACAAAGGUCUGCUCAACCCACCCACCGAGGAGAGAGCUAGACUGCCUCGCCAGGAGAACGGGAGGGUCGCAAACGACGGACGCGCCUGGUUGGUGCCGGCGGGGCUGGUCUUGGCGGGUGAUGGCACCCUCCAAAUCGUAACAUGGGAGACAUACAUAUGGCGGACAGGCGAUCCGCAUUUAUCUUCGCGGGAGCUGCACGAGGCCAUCUUACCGCUCGGGUUUCUCCGGGGCCUAGUUUUCAGUCGGGGAUCCACCAGCCUGAACCAAAAGCUAGGCGGUACCUUCACAGACGAGCAAAGAAGGCGCGGGGCAAGGACGGCGACGGUGGACGGCGCCAAAGUGAGAAUCCCCAUGGCCGUGGUGGAGGGGAACGAGGCGCCUACACCCCUCCAGCAGAGGACGAUGGAUCAGCGCUCGGAAGACUCCUCCCGCGGGGACAACAAUUCGGUUGGUGCGGGACCGAAUGAGAACAAGGCCACGGCGAAACGGAGGGACAUCCCCAUCGAUGCGGGCGACGAGGGGGGGGAGGAGACGGGCAACAAGCCCGCUGUCAAGACACUCACCGCACGCGGUCUUUGUCUGGGGUACUCCGCCCUGGGCCUGGUCGCCAACCUCCAGACCGCGAUCGACCUAGACACAGGCGCCAUCAAGGUGAACCCUUCGCUUUGGUGUGAAAAACCGAAGUUCGGGGAGCGGGGGCUCACUAAGCGAGAGAGUGAGUGGAAACUGAACGAGAGCGGGAGCAUGAUUCUCGGGGAACACAAUAGCAACGGUACGGUCGAGCACCCCGGUUGCCAAGUCGGGGGUACGGUCCCAGUGGUCUGGGACAAGGUGGGCGGGAGGUGGCUUGUGCCGAAGUGGGCUCUGCCGUACGUCAAGGCGGGCAAUGUGAUUCGGAGGGGAACCAACAACAGACAACACAAUGGUGCCAACCAGAGGUACAGCGCCAAGAGGGCGGGGUGGAAGUAA